AUGGAAGUCGACGGUGAAAUUUUUCCAAAGGUCCCUCCGGGUUUUUCGGCUGCCAGAGGAGUCACCUUACUGAGGGUUGAUGAUGACGAUCUUGUCGAAGAAGAUGGCCCUUUAAAGUCAAAAUCGACCACUAAAUUGACAUUUUACUCGUUACGUGAAAAUGCUAUAAAAUCUGACCCUCUCCGUCUCUCUCCCCCUCCAGCAACGCCUCUCCCUCGAGUCUCCCCUCUCUCAUCCCUCCCUCCAGCGACACCCCUCCCUCAGUCAGGUAGGAGAUCAGGUCGUUCGCGCACUGGAUCUACCCCUUCCACCCGUGAUGCGACGGAGACAACAUCGACGUUGCAUGCUGCAUCACAGGCGUCUGAGCCCUCAGUUGAGCAUACACCGGGCACUGAAUCAUCGUCGACCAACCGACGAGGACGUGGACCCACGCGUGGGUUAGUUUUAGAGCGACUUACGCGUGAGGGUAGGGUGACAGUAGAGUUCCCACAGGACUGCCUUAGACCUAUUGGGGACAAUGCCAGGUUGUUUACGUCAGAUGUCGGUGUCCUAUGCCGAUCUCUGAUCCCCGCCACCACCCCCCGUUGGACAGACGUGACAGAUGAUGUGCGGCAGCUCAUCCGUCAGCGCCUUCAGGAUAAAUUUGUCUUAGAUCUGAGUGUUCCUUAUAUUUCCCAUGCCGUCGACGACAUGGUCAGGGAGCGGUUCAAGGAGUACCGCGGAGAGUUACACCAGCGGUACAAGCGGUGCAGGACCCACGAUGAGGCCGUACUGUCCGCACUGCUGCACGUGACUAUAGACAACUGGCGGAUACUCUGCGAGAGAUUUUCGUCUGAGGCUUUUCAGAAGAGGAGCAGAAUAAAUUCUACGAACAGGGAAAAGUUGGAAGUGAACCACGUAGCUGGUUCAAAGUCAUUUGUACGACAUCGUUAUGACAUGCGAGAUUCCGUCACCGGCCAGGAGCCUGGACCAGUAGACCUCUACAGAGGGACUCACUGUCGGCAGGCGACGGAAUCUUGGGUUCAUCCUAGAGCCAGCGAGAAUUGGGCGGCGAUGGACAUCAUACGCAGUCAGCCCACUCUCGAUGGUAGUCAGCGGAGUGAGCUAGAUAUCCUGAGCGAGGUGCUUGGCACCCGUUCUGGAUAUGUGCGUGGGCUUGGCCAUGGUGCCAAGCUCAUGGCACCCGCUAGACCUACCUCCAGCCGAUCCGUCGCUGGCGAGAGAGCCUUACACCGAGCUGAUAUCGCAGAGAGAGAGGUUCAGCAGUUACGGGUCAUCGUCGAUGAGAUCAGAGAGCAGCUGGAGAGGCAGAGGGAGGAGAACGAGAGGCGACAGGAGAAGCAGGAGAGGAGGAUCGAGGAGAUGAGGGUGGAGCAUGAGCGACAGAUGCAGGAGAUGUUUCAGGCUCUCGUUGCACGCUUAGCCACUGAUACCUCACCACUUCCACCUUCAUCUGAUGCCCCACCACUUCGCCUUCAUCUUCGUGAUUUUUUUUAA